AUGCCUCCCCCGUCGUUAUGCUCACAUUGUUUCAGCGUCGUCGAGACUCUUUCUGAGUCGGCAUCGUCGCCACCUAAAAUCAACGCAGCACCACCAGAAGCCACAGAAGAACAUCCAAAGCUCUACACUGGAUCCUGCGAGUGCAGAGCUGUGCAACUGGCACUGAGAAGUAAGCCUCUGGCGGAAGUGGAGGUCAAGGAGGAUAACUGCAGCAUCUGCAUCAGAAAUGGUGCCAUUGGCGUUUACCCCCAUCAAUCUCAGGUGACGAUUGUUGGCAAAGACAUGACCCAAGAAUACCAAUAUGGCCGCAAGUUCAACGGUGCCCCUUUCUGCAAGACUUGCGGGGUUCAUUGCUUCGGAAACCUCUAUGGUCCUCCGCAGUCAUUUGUCGACAGGCUGCCAGAAGCCAAGAAGGAGUUUGUGAGGAAACAACUUGAGAUUCAACCGUUGAACGUCAGGGUACUGAACGAAGUUGAUUGGGAGGAGCUGGACAUCAAGUGGACCAACGAAGGCACUGAAGGAUAUGCUCUUUCGGACUAA